AUGCCUGUUAAACAUGCAAAACAGACCAAGAAGCAUCAGCAGCCACGACAUCACAGUUUUGAGUACAUUUUCAAUCGAUUUGCUAAUGGUCGUUUUUUGUCGAAACUGUCUAUAAACUGUUUUGCAAGAAUAAUUUACCUGGAGUCGUCUGCUCGUCUAAUUACUGAUCAAAUCGAACGCCCUGUCUCCAUUAUCAGGUUCCUCGCUACACAUCUUAAAAUUAUUACUAUCACCUUCGGCCAUGCCUCCCAGUGUUUUGCAGAUGAACUUCGAUUUCCACGCAGAAACAUGUUGCCUGAACUAAUUUAUUACACUGGUUCCAUAGUUUUAGUCACCCUGGGUUGCAAUCACUCAUUUGCUGUCACAUCGUGCAGAAUUAGUGCUCUCCUGAAAGCUCAGCCUCAUGAUGGCAGUGACAAUCCCACUACAUGCACACAACAGCAUACGAAACUGGUGAUUAAUGAGAGCCGUUUUCUUGACUUCUGGCUCUCGUUUCAGCUGCUCUCUACAGUCGUACUGCAUACUGGAAGCACUCCUUUUGGUUGGAUGACCUUGGAGGGAGACAAGUCGCAGGGAACAGAUCUGCAUACUAAAGUCGCUAAGAUGAUGAACUGCUCGCGUUCCGAGGCCAAAGUGCUAAAUUACGCUCGUCUGUAUGGCUCUGGUCUUGAAUUUACGAAGCAUCUCUUGGGAAAAUUCAGCGCAGGCAUAAGCGUAAGUUACAGCUUAGUAAGGCCACUGAUGGGCACUCAUGCUCGGCUCCUACUGACAGUUUUUGUUUACCCUGAAAACUUCCUCCAAAAGCUCUCCCUGGAUCAAGCCCACUCUAAGGCUGAACAGUUGCUCAGGCGCACAAAGGGCCGCCGUGUGCCUGCUGAUCCCGACAUUCAUUGUCUGUCAGGCCAACUGACUGCUCAGUCAGAUGUAGAUUAUGUAUGCUCCCCCAGUGUAUCAACAAAGUCCUCCAAAAGAACUCCUCUCACUUCUGACUCCAAAACUAUAAAUGUCAACCCCAGUCCUACCGUCACUACUCCCAAGUCUCACUGCAAGAUUCAAUAUACCUCAUCCCCACACUCUCGAACCAACUACGUCUGGCAAGGCGGGAGUGAGUCGACUGUCUUCAACUGCCUCGAAAAGAUUGCCAGAGAUGUGCAGCCCCGAACGCCCUUCCUUUCUGCCCAGUUGACAAGGGCCCUAACGCCUCAACUCGUCAAGGAUGAUGUAAGUACGAAUUUGGUUUGA